GGCCAAGAUGGCGGCGGCGGCGGCUUCGCUUCGCGGGGCGGUGCUGGGCCCGCGCAGCGCCGGGCUGCCGGGCGCGCGGGCCCGGAGCCUGCUGUGUGGCGCGCGGCGCGGGCCGCUCCCGCUGCGGACGCCUCAGACUGGGCCCCCGUCCUUAAGUGACCUCAGCCUGACCUCGGCCAGCUGCUUGUGACCUUGGCCUGCCCAAGCACCCAUGUCCACUUCGGCCUGAUCCCCGGCUCAGGACCCCAGAACACGCGUCGCACCCCCUCCUCAGGGCCAGCAGCGGGGAGGAGUGGGGCGGGCCGGGGCGCAGGGCGUGUUUUUGGCGUCCCGCAGGAGGCGACCGGUGCUGGGUGGAUGAGUGGGAAAGGUGGGAGCUGCGAGAUCCCCAGGUAGGGCCGGGUGGGGGCUGAGCGAGGCUCUUGCAGGCAGUGUCCUUGUCGUCGAGGUGCGGCAUGUCCCGGGGCCGGAAAGUGAUGCUGUCAGCGCUGGGCAUGCUGGCGGCAGGGGGUGCAGGGCUGGCGGUGGCUCUGCAUUCUGCCGUGAGUGCCAGUGACCUGGAGCUGCACCCCCCCAGCUAUCCGUGGUCCCACCGAGGCCUCCUCUCUUCCCUGGACCAUACGAGCAUCCGGAGGGGUUUCCAGGUGUAUAAGCAGGUGUGCUCCUCCUGCCACAGCAUGGACUACGUGGCUUACCGCCACCUGGUUGGUGUGUGCUACACAGAGGAGGAAGCUAAGGCGCUGGCAGAGGAGGUGGAGAUUCAGGAUGGCCCCAAUGAGGACGGGGAGAUGUUCAUGCGGCCAGGGAAGCUGUCUGACUACUUCCCCAAACCGUACCCCAACCCUGAGGCUGCUCGAGCAGCCAACAGUGGAGCCCUGCCCCCGGACCUCAGCUACAUCGUGCGAGCUAGGCACGGUGGCGAGGACUACGUCUUCUCCCUGCUAACCGGCUACUGUGAGCCACCUACUGGGGUGUCACUGCGAGAAGGCCUCUACUUCAACCCCUACUUCCCUGGACAGGCCAUUGCCAUGGCCCCUCCCAUCUACAACGAGAUAUUGGAGUUUGACGAUGGUACCCCAGCUACCAUGUCCCAGGUAGCUAAGGAUGUGUGUACCUUCCUGCGCUGGGCGUCUGAGCCAGAGCACGACCAUCGCAAACGCAUGGGGCUCAAGAUGUUGCUCAUGAUGGGUCUGCUGUUGCCCCUGGUCUACGCCAUGAAGCGGCAUAAGUGGUCAGUUUUGAAGAGCCGGAAGCUGGCCUAUCGGCCGCCCAAGUGACCCUGCCCUUUGUCUGCUGGCCAUCCUGCCUGGACAGGCCUGCAAGCCAAGGAGCUGCCCUGGGCCUGUUCGGGCCCCAGCUGGCCUUCUCGGCCAAGUCCCCCUCCCUCUAGGAUGAGAGGGGAGGGGGCAGGAGACUGAGUUCUACCUGGAGAUCCUUCCACCCCCAUCAUGGAAAUAAAUUAAUUUUCUCAACAUAA